AUGUUUGAACUGGGCAUAUGUACGCAAAUAUUGAAUGCUAGAAGAUUAAGCGCUUUAUUUCGUUUGUCGUUACGUUUUCAUCGUAGGAUGUGUGGAAUAUUUGCGUACCUAAAUUAUCAAGUUCCGGUUACACGUCAAGUCAUCGUAAACACUUUGCUCAAUGGCUUACAUCGAUUAGAAUAUCGUGGUUAUGAUUCUGCAGGACUAGCAGUCGAUGCCGUUUGCUCAGAACAGAAUGACUUAUCUAAUAAUGAUGGGUCUCACAAAACGUUUACUCGAGUUGUUCGUUGUAAAGGAAAAGUAGCAUCACUGGGACAAGCUGUUAAAGAGUUUCUAACCGAUCAUGACUUUCCAAAUGAACUAAUCACAACACAUGUUGGCAUAGCGCAUACUCGAUGGGCAACUCAUGGGGAGCCAAAUGAAGUAAAUGCUCAUCCCCAACGUUCUGGACCUGACAACGGGUUCGUUGUAGUGCACAAUGGUAUUAUAACCAACCACGUAGAUCUUAGGGCAUUACUGAGUCGUCGCGGUUAUAUAUUUGAAUCUGAAACAGAUACAGAAGUGAUUCCAAAAUUUAUGCAAAUGAUUUAUGAUUCACAUAAAGAAAAUCCUAUUACCUUUUUAGAAGUUGUUGAAUUGGUUGCUCAGCAACUGGAAGGAUCGUUUGCAUUGGCAUCCAAAAGUUGUUACUACCCUGGUGAAUGUGUUGUGGCAAGGCGGGGUUCACCAAUGUUGGUUGGAAUUAAAAGUCCGCAUGAAUUGACAAUGAAUCAUAUACCAGUGUUUUAUAAACCGAAUAGUUCUAACACUAAAUAUAAUAUUCGACCGUUAUCCAAUGAUGGGCACGUUGACUUAGGAGAUUCAUCAAUGGAACAGGUGACACAUUUUUUGAGUGGCGCAGAUGGUCAUCGAGAAAUCGAGUUUUUCUUUGCAAGUUGUGCAAGUGCAUUAAUUGAACAUACUGACAAAGUUAUUUUUCUAGAAGAUGAUGAUGUAGCGGCUGUUCGUAAUGGUCAACUGACAAUUCAUCGUUUAUCAAGAAGUGCAUCAGCGACACGUGAAGUUGUUACCUUACAAAUGGAAUUACAACAGAUUAUGAAAGGCAAUUAUGAUUAUUUUAUGCAAAAAGAAAUUUUUGAACAACCAGAAUCAGUGUUGAAUACAAUGAGAGGUCGAAUAAAAUUCGAUAUGAAUACUGUGAAAUUAGGUGGUCUCGCUGAACAUCUAAGUGCAAUACGUCGUUGCCGUCGACUCAUAUUCAUUGGCUGUGGAACUAGUUAUCAUAGCGCAGUUGCAACUCGUGCACUCAUUGAAGAAAUGUCUGAACUACCAGUUAUGGUUGAAUUAGCUAGUGAUUUGUUAGAUCGUAAAACCCCAAUAUUUCGUGAUGAUGUUUGUGUAUUUAUAAGUCAGUCAGGUGAAACAGCAGACACUUUGUUAGCUAUGCGUUAUUGUAUCAAACGUGGAGCACUUGCUCUUGGUAUCACAAACACUGUCGGUUCAUCAAUAUCACGCGAAUCACAUUGUGGUGUACAUAUCAAUGCUGGACCUGAAAUUGGAGUGGCUAGUACUAAGGCAUAUACAAGUCAAUUAAUUGCCUUGGUAAUGUUUGCUUUAGUCUUAUCUGAAGAUCGCAUCUCUAUUCAACCAAAGCGUAUUGCAAUUAUUGAAGCACUAUCUAAGUUGUCUGAUCAGAUACGUUCCAUAUUAAAGUUAGAUUCGUCAUUACAAGAAUUGGCUAAAACAAUUUAUAUGAAAAAGAGCAUUUUAGUCAUGGGUCGUGGUUAUAACUAUGCUACUUGCCUGGAAGGCGCAUUGAAAUUAAAAGAAUUAACUUAUAUGCAUGCAGAAGGUAUUAUGUCUGGUGAAUUGAAACAUGGUCCAUUAGCAAUGAUUGAUAGUGAAAGCACUAUUAUAAUGAUUAUAACACGUGAUCGUUUAUUUAAAAAAACAUUGAAUGCAUUGUCAGAAAUCAGAGCACGAAAGGGUCAUCCGAUUGUUAUUUGUAAUGAAGGUGAUUCACAAGUUAUGGCAGAUGCAUCAUAUGCUAUUCAAAUACCUGAAACAGUUGAUUGUUUACAAAGUGUACUAGCAGUUAUUCCAUUGCAGUUGAUUUCAUUUCAUAUUGCAGUACAACGUGGAUUAGAUGUUGAUUGCCCUCGAAAUUUGGCGAAAUCUGUAACAGUUGAAUAAUUGAUUAUUCGAAUACAUAUCAAAUCAUCUCAUUGAACUUUGAUCACCUUAUAAACACAGCAAUUUGAUGAUUUAUUAACUAGGUCUAUAAUUAUUCGUUUAUUACAAACUCAAACUUUGUCUUCACAUGGACACAUUCUCAUUUUAUGCUCUUAAUAUAAUUAUAUUUCAAUCUUUUAUAAAUUGUCUUUCUACUUUCCUGUAACUAUGAAUUUUAUUUCUAUUUUGUAUCAGUUACACUAAUUGAUGAAUAUUUAUGAAAUGUUGAACACCAUAACUUAGUUGCUUAUUUAUUGGUUAAGGUAUUGAUUCUAGUAUACACACAAAAAAGGGCUUUCGUAUUUUAAAAUUUUGUUAUAUUCAAGUUCUUUAUUUUCAUUAUAUUUUCUUGUUGUUGUCAAGGUUUUUUUUGUUUGUUAUCACUUAGGUAAAUCGCUUUUUGUUUUUAAAUUAUAAAAAGCAAGCGUUCUGAUCGGUUUCUUCAUGAAUUUUUAUUAUUAUAUUAUUAAUACUGAUGUAUGUUCGUGAUUUCUUCACACACACACACACACACACAAAUCGUCUAUACUCAAUUGUGUCUUGAUUAAUUUAAGUCCUUCAAAUAAAUUGCAGUGUCAAUCAAUUCAAGUCCCAGACCCAUUUUCAUCAUUAAAGUUUACAAGUUAUACUGAACUACACAUAAGUUUGUUUCCUAGUCUCGUGCUUUAGGGUUUGGGAUUUAAGGUGAUUUCUGCACAUAACCUACAAAUUAUUAAAUAUACUUGCCGUUGCCGUUAACAUUAUCUAUAUUUUAGGGUCGAAACUAGAAAUAGGCAAUCACGAUGUCCAUAUCUGAAACAGCAAUUAAGUCUGCAAGCGAGUUUUAUGAUUUAAACUAUCUGUCAAGGAUAAGCAAUAACCUGCGUACCUAAUCUUCAGUUGGUUUUUCCCUAUGUUAUCAACUGAUUCUACUAAGAUAUGGUUUCAUCAACUACUUAUUUCGAUUUCUUGAAAACAUUUUAGUUUAUAGUCUGCUUAUGCUUGUUAUCACCAAUGAAAUGAAGUAUCUUAUUUGCGUUAGAUGUAUUACUAUCUAAUUCAGACAAUAUAUUCAUUUGACAAUUGUAAGUCUGCCGAUUUUGAUAAAUCCCGAAACCCUUAUUUAUUGGAACAUGAUUAGUAAUCGAUUUAUCAUCGGUCUUUAUUUCAUUCAUACUUUAUCUUACAGUAAAUUUUGUAGUUCAGCAUUCUGUUACGUGUUGUCGUAAAACGUAUAUUUCAAUAUUUUGUCUUUCUCGCUUUCAUAAAUAUUUAAAUUUGUACUGACUUUAA